AUGGCAAAGACCUCUAUGCACUUCCAUUGGUCAAAUAAGGUCAGCAAUGAAGAUCAAGAAACCCCAACACCCAUCAAUCCUUGCCAUAAACCCAACGUCAACCAGGCCGAACCUCACAAACCAUCACCAUCACCACCACCUCCGCCACCCCUACCAAGAAAGAAACUCCAAGCUGUAACAGUUGCUAGAUUCCGCUCAGUUCUUACCGCUAUAAGGCAAAAUAGAGCAAACCUUCAAAACACUCUUGGCCCUAAAGUCGUCGGAACCCUAUUUGGAUCCCGGCGAGGCCACGCCUACUUCGCAUUCCAGAAAAACCCCACCGCCCAACCAGCUUUCUUGAUCGAGCUUCAGACACCAAUUAGUGGUCUUGUUAAAGAAAUGGCAUCUGGGCAAGUUCGAAUCGCAUUGGAAUGUGAUAAAGAAGAAGAGAAGACGAAAAAGGUGGGUAAUUCAAGAAAGCUUUUGGAAGAGCCUGUUUGGAGGACUUAUUGUAACGGGAAGAAGUGCGGGUUCGCCGUGAAAAGAGAGUGCGGAGAAAAAGAAUGGAGAGUUCUUAAAGCGGUGGAGCCGAUAUCAAUGGGGGCUGGGGUGUUGCCGGCGGAGAAAACAGUAGCCGGAGAAGAUGAAGAAACCAUGUACAUGAGAGCGAAAUUUGAGAGAGUUAUGGGGUCAAGAGAUUCAGAAGCUUUCUAUAUGAUGAAUCCUGAUAGCAAUGGUGCUCCUGAACUUAGUGUUUAUUUGCUCAGAGUUUAA